GGGACGCGCAGUUUGCUCCCGGCGCGUCGCAGCCUCCCGAGCUUGGGUCCCUGCGGUCCUGCGGUCCUUCUGGGUCCCAGAGGCCGCACAGCCCCGCUCGGGAACUUCAGUUCUCUCCCCGCCACCAUGACUUCGCCAGAGGACCCUCUGCGCCCAGACCAGAUGGCAAAGGAGCCAGUGGAAGACACAGACCCCAGCACUUUGUCUUUCACCAUGUCAGACAAAUAUCCCAUUCAAGAUACGGGACUCCCCAAAGCUGAGGAGUGUCAUACAGUAACUUUGAACUGCCCACCAAGUCCUGAUGAUCAACAUGAGGGAGAAGCAAAUGACUUCCCGGACAGUACUGGAAAUCCCCUGUCAGGUGUCAGUGAAGGCCAGCCCUGUAAGGAAGGCUGUACUUGUUCCUCCUGCUCGCCCCGGGCCCCCACCAUCAGUGACUUGCUCAACGAUCAGGACUUGCUGGAUGUGAUCAGGAUAAAGCUGGAUCCGUGUCACCCAACCGUGAAGAACUGGAGGAAUUUUGCCAGCAAAUGGGGCAUGCCCUAUGAUGAACUCUGUUUCCUGGAGCAGAGGCCCCAGAGUCCCACCCUGGAGUUCUUGCUCCGCAACAGCCAGAGGACGGUGGGCCAGCUGAUGGAGCUCUGCCGAGUCUACCACAGGGCUGACGUGGAGAAGGUGCUGCGCAGGUGGGUGAAUGAGGAGUGGCCCCGGCGGGGGCGAGUGGAGCACCCCACAUACUUCUAGAGCCCCCUUCUGCCACUGGCCUUGUUACUCUCGGAACGAUCACGGUCACAAAGACUAUGCACCUGCUCUUAGGACUUGUGGGUGAGGACGUGAAAUGGUGGGCAGUGGGUGUCCCAGGAGCUGGUGGUUGGUGGAGGGUAGGCUCUGUUUUGGUGGCAGGAAUUUUUUUUUUUUUUUUGCACAUCUGUUUUAAUUUAAUAUUUGAAACUGGAAUGGGAAAGAAUAUUCUGUAGGCUCACACUGGAGCUAAAGCCUACAGGCAGGAUGAAAUCAUGCCAGGAUGGAAAUAAAAUGACCCUCUUUGAGUACUGCUGAGGAUCUCAGUGGGGUCCCAGACUGUUGGUGACCUCGGACAUGUGUGUUUCAUCCCCUGCCCUCAGCAUCAGCACUCUCCUGACAGAUGAAGAAGCUUGGAGGAGUCAUCCCCAUUCUGCCCUCCUGUUGCUAUUUCUGUUGUAAAGUGUUUAGGUGUUUAACAGCAUGAUGUAGCUAGAAUGUAGGUGCCAUCUUAUUUUUAAUCAAAUAUUUUUGUAAUCUGUGACCUAUCAAGAGUGCUAUUUGCUUUGGUACUUUUUAAGCAAUGACAACAUCGAUGGUUACGGGAGGGCUGUUAGUAAGCACUAUAGGAAUGGCAUUGACGAAGAAUAAUAUUCAAAAUGUCCUCUGUUACCUACAUUUUUUUUUUCAAUGCUGGGAAUGCUAGGCAAGGGCUCUGUCACUAAGCCAUAGCCUCAACCCUGUUAUCACGAUUUUUUUAACUUAAUUUUAUUGAUGAGGAAAUGGCUCAGUGGAUAAAGCACUUACAACACAAGUUUGAAUACCUGAGUUUGGAUUCCAGGAACCCAUGUAAAAAGUAGACUCUAUAAUGAGCGCUUUCAUGAUGAGAAAGGAGGGGAGAUGGGAGAAAUGCAGGGAAUCUCACAGACCAUAGCUGGAUGAACACAGCCCUAAACAGUGAGACACCCUGCACAUGCACUGUAGCAUGUGUGUGACCACACUCACAAAAGAACAUGUGCAUACGUGCACAAAAUUAAUUGUGGUUUCCUUUCAUGUAAGGCUGAGUGUUCCAUCCCUAAGGUGGAACUCAGUUAACUGAUAAAUAAAAUUCACCUAACCUGCAUCCAGCACUUACUGCCGCAGCUGAAAACAAGACCCAAUAAUACUACAUAGUAGGAUGGCCAAGAAGGAGGCUAACGGUUGAUCCUGGAGGGAUGGUGAACGUUAAAACCCAAAUUCUUAGAGGUCUUGGAUCUAAUGAAAAAAUGUGUCCGAGGGACACUCAGUGCUUUUAUUUGGUAAUUUUUGGGGACAAGGAGGGUUGUCAUAGGAGAGGUCAAAUUUUCUAGGUGCUUUGAGGGGGAAAAAAAAGGACAAAAGUAGGCCUUUGGUUUGAUUAACAAUUCUAUGAAUGUGCUAUUUGGUGUUUGUUGUGGGUCAACCCCUUGGUUAAUUUGUGGGCAUCCUGAAUUGAUUUCUGAGUUAAAUAAGCAAAAGGAAAAAUAAUGCUGAGUACAUACAAUAUAGAGAUUAACUCUGAAGAAAAUAAUUUUCUAAACCACUGUUUGUAUUUUGGUUUUUUUUGGUAACAAUCAUGGUGGCUUUCCGUAGGUUGCUGAUUAGUAAAGUCACCUUCCCACUUGAUGUGAACUCUGAGCAGCAAACGUCCACUUACUACGGAGACUUUCUAGUCAGUUCUGAGUCAGUGUAAUUCACACCCUCUCAUCUUCCUGGGUCAGAUCUGCCAGAUACGUGUCCUCCAUAUCACCAGGUAUACUUAAAGUAAAAGCCAUAAUAAAAUCCAGAAAUUAAAAAAACAAAUCCUCCUGUAAAACUGUGUUCCAAGAGGCAGCUCUUACUCAUAUCGUUGGGCGUUGCAGUGUUCCACGCACUGGAUUUGAUGCUUGGCUUCCUUGUUUACUGUUGUGCUGGUGAUAUUCUGUUGUCAACUUGAUCUGAUUAGGAAUCCACGGACAUUCCUCUUGGGUGGGUCUCUGAGGUUGCUUCCAGGAAGGCUUGGUUGGAGGAGGAAGCCCUUCUGCCAGAGUGAGCUACCCGCCUGGUGGUGGGCUUUGUGUAAGGAAGCCCAGGGAGAAAGAGCCCCU